UGAUGUGGUAACAACGUUCGCUGGAAAAACCGUACGCUGCAAAGUCCGCACGCACACACACACACACGCAUACAUACAAACAGUGCUUCUUUGCUCUUGAGGUGAAGAGGAAAGAAUAGAAUUGUGAAAGAAAACUCUUGAAGUGGCAGUGAAAAAACGAAAUUCGGAAAAAGCCUCCUGCUGAGUGUUCGAAAUCAAUGAAAAAACAGAAACUAAAAAAUUCAAAUACUCAAAUAUUCGUGGAUUUUUGGUGUGAAAUCGUCGCGUAAUUUUUUGUGGCGAAUUUGGAUGUAAACUGAAAUUAUUCCCUUACUUUGUGCUGAGACUCCUUUCUUGAGUUUUUUUUUUUGAAAAUAUAUACAAAUAUAUGGAAAUAUAUUUCUAAAAUAUACGAAAAAAUAUAAAAAAAUUGUGAAAUAAAAAUAAGAAAGUUGAGAAAGAAGAAGAAUAAACACAAACGGGCAAUAAAAUACUCAACAAAUAAAAAGUAUUAACUGCAACAAGUGCAACAACUUCUAACUUGAAAGAAAUAAAAAGAUUUCACUAGAAGAAUAAAUAACCCAAAAACAUAAAACACAAAAGCAAACUUAAAAAGAAGACGUAGCAGAUCAAAGUGUGGAAAUCGGAGAUUUUAAACCUAAAAAUUGUAAAAAUACAAACAUCCGCCAUCAACUGGAUAUCUGCCCAUUUUGGAUACACCAAGUAAUCCUGCGAUUUAUCCGAUUCAUCCUAAAAGUGUUUAAAGUACUCUUACAAAGUGCUUCUUCUUCGUCUUCUCUGUGGGGAUCAGCUGCUACGUUUUAGCGCUGCCAGCUGAAAACAAGGCUCCUUGGCCACUAUAAGUUCACCUACCGAUAGUCGUUGCGCUACUGUGACUGCUGCAAUAAAAAAUAUUAACAAAAUAAAGAUGCGAUUAUUGUACCGCGACAACCGUCCACUUAACAUGUCGCCCACCACCGCCAGCAUGCGCUUUGCUCUCGUCCUAUGCCUAGCCAUCGCCCUGCUACCCAGCCCGGCCGCGGCGCGCAUGGCUUUUGAGAAGCUGACAGACUUCGACUUCGCCGGCACCACAUACUACAGCGUCAAGAAUUUGUCACUGUACGAGUGUCAGGGCUGGUGUCGCGAGGAGGCUGACUGUCAAGCGGCCGCAUUCAGUUUUGUCGUCAAUCCGCUAUCGCCAUCGCAGGAGACACACUGUCAACUGCAGAACGACUCAUCCGCACACAAUCCCUCUGCUGCGCCGCAACGUUCGGCGAACAUGUACUACAUGGUCAAGUUGCAGCUGCGCAGCGAGAAUGUCUGUCAUCGGCCGUGGGCGUUCGAGCGUGUACCCAAUAAGAUAAUACGUGGUCUGGAUAAUGCGCUCAUUUACACCAGCACUAAGGAGGCCUGCUUGUCGGCUUGCUUGAAUGAGAAACGUUUCGUUUGCCGUUCCGUCGAAUAUGAUUACAAUAAUAUGAAAUGUGUGCUGAGUGACUCGGACCGCCGCAGUUCGGGACAGUUUGUGCAGCUGGUCGAUGCACAAGGCACCGAUUACUUUGAGAAUUUGUGCUUGAAGCCGGCGCAGGCGUGUAAGAAUAAUCGCUCGUUUGCUGUCGCACGUGUGGGCGUGUCGGAGGAGAAGGUGGCUCAGUAUGUGGGCCUGCAUUACUACACGGAUAAGGAAUUGCAAGUGACGUCGGAGUCGGCGUGUCGUUUGGCUUGUGAAAUUGAGACAGAGUUCUUGUGUCGCUCAUUCUUGUAUCUCGGCCAACCACAGGGCUCCCAGUACAACUGCCGUUUAUUCCAUUUGGAUCAUAAGACGCUGCCGGAUGGCCCCUCGACUUAUCUCAAUCAUGAACGUCCACUCAUCGAUCACGGCGAGCCAAUCGGUCAGUAUUUCGAGAACGCCUGCGAGAAGACGAGUUCACCACCUGGCACUCUGGAUAAAUUGGAUACACUCCCAGUGAGCUUAGACACCACUGAGGAUCCCAACCUGACCAACAUCACCAGAAACGAUGUCAAUUGCGAUAAGACCGGCACCUGCUAUGAUGUUUCGGUUCACUGCAAAGACACACGUAUCGCCGUCCAAGUUCGUACCAAUAAACCUUUCAACGGUCGUAUCUAUGCGCUGGGACGUUCUGAGACCUGUAACAUUGAUGUCAUUAACUCGGAUGCCUUCCGCUUGGAUCUCACAAUGGCUGGACAAGACUGCAACACGCAGAGUGUGACCGGCGUCUAUUCAAACACCGUCGUCCUGCAACAUCACAGCGUCGUCAUGACCAAAGCCGAUAAGAUCUACAAAGUCAAGUGCACGUACGACAUGAGCUCGAAGAACAUCACAUUCGGCAUGAUGCCUAUACGCGAUCCAGAAAUGAUCCAUAUCAACUCAUCACCUGAGGCGCCACCACCAAGAAUUCGCAUACUCGAUACACGUCAACGCGAGGUGGAAACUGUACGCAUCGGAGAUCGUCUCAACUUCCGCAUUGAAAUACCAGAAGACACUCCCUAUGGCAUCUUUGCCCGUUCCUGCGUCGCCAUGGCUAAGGAUGCUCGCACCAGUUUCAAGAUCAUCGAUGACGAUGGCUGUCCCACCGAUCCUACCAUCUUCCCAGGCUUUACCGCUGACGGCAAUGCACUGCAAUCAACCUAUGAAGCUUUCCGUUUCACCGAGAGUUAUGGUGUCAUCUUCCAGUGUAACGUUAAGUACUGUCUGGGUCCAUGCGAACCGGCCGUGUGCGAAUGGAAUAUGGAAUCGUUUGAGUCGCUGGGCAGAAGGCGCCGUCGCGCUGUGGAGAGCAACGAGACAAAGGAGGCUGAUGAUGAUAUGAAUAUCUCGCAAGAGAUUCUAGUCUUGGACUUUGGCGAUGAGAAACGUGAAUUCUUCAAGGCGGAUCCCAGCACAGAUUUCGCCAAAGAUAAGACUGUCACCAUCAUCGAACCCUGCCCCACAAAGACCUCGGUCUUGGCGCUGGCCGUCACAUGUGCGCUCAUGAUUUUGCUCUACAUUUCGACGUUGUUCUGUUAUUACAUGAAGAAAUGGAUGCAACCUCACAAGAUCGUAGCAUAAAGCAAGGAUUGAGCUUCCUUCGCACAAACGCACUCACACACACACAUGAAGAGAGGAUAACAAAAAUCGCAUGGAACACAGGGGUUAAUGGACUAAAAAUCAGCAAAGUACUUUAAAGAAAGACAUAACAAAUGAUAUUAAGUUUUACAAAAGAAUAUUGAAAAAACAUUCUAAAAAAUAUUUUUUUAACAAAAUUUUUCAAAACUAGUUUUAAGUUUAAUUUUAAACAAAGAAUAAUGCAUUUCAUAAUCUUAAGCUUAGCAAGAGUCUACAACAAAACAAAAUAACUAAACAGCUACCUUCACCCUCAAUUCAGGUGGUAGAGAGCGGUUAAGAGUUUUCGGAGCUUUCGAAAAGCUUUGUACUUUUCUAACGGGGUAAAUUUGGACAAAGAAAUAUGCAAUAAUAAUUAAUAAAUAAAAUAAAUUAUUAGUAUUAGCUUAAUCAAAACACUAAGUUCUGCACAUAUAUGAAAGCUCAGUGUAGUAGAGCUUUCAUUUACAACUUUAGUCUUAAUAUUAAAAUUAUAUUCCUACAUACAUACUUAUAUUUAUUUAUAACUAAACACAUACUACUACAUAUAUCUUAUGGACUGUUUAUGAGCGUGAGAAAUAUGAAAGCGUCUAAGAAGCUUUCACGCAAAAAUAUAAGCUCUCGAAAAAAAGGUGGAGAAAUAGUGAAAGAAUACUGUGACUUUAAAUAUAGUGACUUAACAAAUUCGUGUAGUACUUAAGCUUUAAAGUGCUUUUUUUGAACUUACAAAAAGGUGGUGCAUACAGAGACCUUAAGCAAUAUCCAUUUCAGUGUGUGUUACACUUGAUAAACUUAUGGUGUAUCAACUUUAAAACUUUGUAUUUUAUUUAACACUAGAAAGCUUUUAAAGCUUUUGACAGAGCUUAUGAAGGUACUGUUAUACAAAGAGCUGAGGGAACUUUCGAUAAUUUGAUAAAAAAAAACUAAACGGUUAAAAGAAAAAGGCUUUAAAACGCAAUGUUUUUGACUUCAACGCGGUAAUUCAAUUGUGAAGUGCUUUAAAGAAAGCUCUUAAGCUUUUAAGGUCACUUAUAUAUGUACAUAUUUUCACGCUCUGGUCCCUCUCUCACUACCAUCUAACUUCUUUGCCUAAAACAAAAUGUUUAUUAGUAUUUAUCUAAAGCUUAACUACCAAGCAACAAGGCGCACUUUCUAUGAGGUUCCGAAAUCUCAAUCAUCUCCAAAACAUAUUUCGGAAUCUACGCAUAGAGAUUGAGCUUUGGCUAUGGACAAAAAAUAAAAAUAAAAAUAAAAAAUGAAAUUAUUUUAUAUAUUCACGCAGGCUUUUUAUACUCUUGCUUUCGAGUUUAUUUAUUUAAUUGUAUUUAAUAUUUAACUAAUUUAUGUUUAAUGUCUAAACAAAAAAAAAUUAAGUAAAAUAAAAUAAAAUAAAUAAAAAUCAUAAAACGAAGAACGGAAAACUGUGCUUAUUUAUGUUGCAUUUAUCAAACAAAUAGUAAGAAAAAUUAGAAUUUUAGCAAAUUAUUAAAAUAAAAAA